AUGGAACAUAACAGUAACAGUGAAAUCGUCAUUGAUAAGUUGGCUGACAUAGAUGCCUCCAUAGAAUCAUGGAAUAUUCGUGCUCAAGUUGUCAUGAUUUGGAAACAGACAUACAAGAACAACCCAAACAUGGUCAACAGCUUUGACAUGAUUUUAAUGGACCAGGAGGGCACUAGAAUACAUGCAACAAUAAAAAAAAAUCUCAUAAAUGCAUUUCAAGCCCUCCUGGAAGAAGGAGCUGUAAGGAUCAAUCCUUUUAAUUUUGAGAGUUUUCAUGAUGUGACAGCCAGAAAUUUUGACACUCGUGUUGCAUUUGAUUUUAUUGGUCAAGUUGUAUCUACUGAACCCAUGAGAGUGAUUAAGGAGAAUGCAAGGGAAACAAGGCUAAUGAGUAUUGUUGCACAAGAUCUGAUUGGUAGGAAAAUGCAAGUGGCUUUGUGGGAUAGUUUUACAUUGAAGUUGAACAGCUACAUAUCUGAACAUCAAAAUGAAAAUGCUCUUGUGAUCAUUCUCCUAUGUAUGGCCAGCCACAAGUUACAUAUUAAUGAUGAUAUGCAUCAUAUUUCAGAAUUUAAAAAGGCGUAUGUAACUAAAAAUGGUGACGAUAGUGAUGGUGAACCAUUUAAUUGUAAUGGUUACGGAGGAGUUUUUGAUGUAUUCGACAAGGUAAGGGUUGGAAUACAUGUUCAAGAUGAAACUGGGUCUGCUUCUUUUGUAUUGUUUGACCGUCAUGUUAAAGAUCUUAUUCACCGCGGUAAUCAUUGGUUGAUGGAAAAGAUAUCAAAGGAUCAAGGACACCAAAAGAUCCCCGAUGAGUUCAAUACGAUGCUUAAUAGAAAGUUUGUUUUUAAAGUUCAGAUUUCAAAGUUUAAUCUCGAGAACAAUUAUCACACCUACACCGUUCAUAAGAUGGCUGAUGAUGAACUUGUACUUGGUGCAGUUUUCAAACAUUCACCUGCAUACGAAGAAAACAGUAUUCAUUCUGAUGGUACUCCUAUCAACAAGUCUAUUAAGGAAAAGAGUGUUUCUGUUGAAGGUGACAAUAUUAAUGUUGUUGAUCUUGAUGCAGUGACACCAACAACUACUUCACUGAAACGCCCUAUUGAGAUUGUUACCACCACUGAAUUGUUUGAAUGGUCUUCCUCAAAAGAUAGUGUUGCUCCUCAUACCCUUAAGAUUCCAAAAAUGGAAAACUCGAAUGAAUUUUGCAGUUAUGAUUAUUUGACAUUUAUCAUUGACGAUUUUCCUUUCUGGUGGUAG